UUGUUUGUGUCGCACAGGACAAAGAUGUUUUUGUUAAGUUGUCGGUCGUGAAAAAAGGGCAAAGCAUUUUGAAGAGGAAACGGCAACACAACAGCAGAUUUCAUCUUUUCAGGAGGUCCAUUAAAACGGGAGGUAUGGAUGUGCAUGUAGCCCGACGCUUCCCGGUUUAUUGAAGGAUUUGUGGAAAAAAAAAAAAAAAACACUGAACAUUUUACUGGACAAGAUUCUGGUCGUGACACCACGCAGCGAAGUGGAUUGCUAAAAUAUAUCUCCUCUGCAGCUCAGCUACUAAAUGACUGAAAAAGACAUAUAAUCCUCCACGGGAUUUCCAAGACAGUUUUCGGGGUUUUUGUUUUACGCCUGUGAGAGAACCAGCAAAAUCAUCGGGAGAAUUAACAGGUGACGGCCCAGACACAUCCAAAAUGAGUGAGUUGGAGCAGCUUCGUCAGGAGGCCGAGCAGCUUAGGAACCAGAUAAGAGAUGCCAGGAAGGCAUGUGGAGACUCAACCCUGACACAGAUUACAGCAGGUCUGGAUCCUGUGGGGCGGAUUCAGAUGCGGACAAGACGCACCCUGCGUGGUCACCUCGCCAAGAUCUAUGCCAUGCACUGGGGCUCAGACUCAAGGCUUCUGGUUAGUGCCUCUCAAGAUGGGAAACUGAUCAUCUGGGACAGCUACACCACUAACAAGAUGCAUGCCAUCCCGCUGCGCUCCUCCUGGGUGAUGACCUGCGCGUACGCUCCCUCCGGGAACUACGUGGCCUGCGGAGGUCUCGACAACAUCUGCUCCAUCUACUGCUUGAAAACCCGAGAGGGCAACGUGAGGGUCAGCAGGGAAUUACCUGGCCACACAGGUUACCUGUCAUGCUGCCGCUUUAUUGACGACAAUCAAAUCAUCACAAGUUCAGGAGACACUACAUGUGCACUGUGGGACAUCGAGACAAGUCAGCAGACCACGGUUUUCUCGGGCCACAGCGGCGACGUCAUGAGCCUGUCCCUGUCGCCCGACCUGCGCACCUUCGUGUCGGGAGCCUGCGAUGCCUCGAUCAAACUGUGGGACAUCAGAGACAGCAUGUGCCGACAGACCUUCACCGGCCACGAGUCGGACAUCAACGCCGUCUGUUUCUUUCCCAACGGCAGCGCCUUUGCCACCGGCUCCGAUGAUGCCACCUGCAGGCUUUUCGACCUGCGUGCCGACCAAGAGCUCGGCCUCUACUCGCAUGACAACAUCAUCUGUGGCAUCACCUCUGUGGCUUUCUCCCGCUCCGGACGCUUGCUGCUCGCCGGCUACGACGACUUCAACUGCAACAUCUGGGACGCUAUGAAGGGAGAUCGAGCAGGAGUCCUGGCCGGCCACGACAAUCGUGUGAGCUGCCUCGGGGUGACGGACGACGGCAUGGCGGUGUCCACCGGAUCCUGGGACAGCUUCCUCAAGAUCUGGAACUGACCCGCUUCAUGAGCCAUGCAUAUAAACCAACACACACACACACACACACACACACACACACUCGUGCAGACACAGACACACACUUCACAUUUUUGGACACAUAGUUUGCACACUGUAUUCACACUGUAUGUAAGAUAAUAAACAGACAGACAUUGUACAGUACAUAAUAUAUAUGACAAGAAUUAGGUAUGAGUUUACACAAAUACACACACACACACACACACAUACAUUGUCACACUGUAUGCAGGAAAGGUUUACACAAGGUCUGAACUCGUGCACACACUACCCACAGCUGACUGAUGCGCAGAGCAGCGAGGCCAUAAAGUACACAUGUAAUCUGUAAAAUGUCAAAAUGUGACCAAAUACAAGAGUCUUCAGCUGCUCAAAUGAAACACACACACACACACACACACACACACACACAUAUUACCUGAAGCCUUUUAAUACAUGUAUUACACACAGACACACACGCACACAGACACAUGCACAUCAUGCACACACUUUUUUCUGAAAGACACCCACAGGGGAGAGGUUGUUAUUGGACAAUUCUCUUUGUUUACGAUAAAGUCCAAAAUGCACUUCAGAUGAAUCUUGUGUACUCCACCUCUCUCAGACAUCCCAACACGAAGGAGUGAAGCGAGGGCCGCCGCGUCAGCCCACUGAAAAUGUCUUGAGAGUGACCGAUGGAUGGAGCAGCGAUUGAUAAAGUAUAAGGAAAAUAUCAAUUCUUAUUUUCUCCUGGCUCACAAAAACAAAAACAAAACAAAAAAAAAACAACAACACACCAUUAUGUACUGAACUGUUUUUAUAGAUGUUGACACCCACAUACAUAUACAACCAAUUUGAUUUUCAAGCUUUUGUUUCAUUAAUUUUUUACACUUACGUUUUCCCUGUGUGCCUCAGAUACACUUUAAGAUUUAUUAAUGGAGAAACGAUGAAAUUAAAUUAAUGAACUCAGUGAGACGAGAGGUUCACACUGUAUGGUGAGUGAGGAAAAAAAAAAAACGAAAAUUAAGACAUGUUCAACAAGCAGGGGCCAGUAUUCAUACUUUGUCGAUAUAUUAUGUCAACUUUAUGAUGGUAUAACUGUACAUACUAUUAAUAAAUACACAUAGCCUCUCUU